AUGAAAGGAGUUGAGUGUUUCGUUUGUAAAUCUAGAAAGUGGUUUCCUGAUGGUUUGGGAGGUUUGGUGUGUCAGUAUGGACACCAACUUGAGAGCUAUACGGUACAAGAAAGUGAAUUUCAGGGUGGACAAAGUGGAGUAAAAACGCGUAGUAAAGGAAAAAAAGAAAAGGCUGCUGUUAAAGAGGAAAGAUACGCGUACCAUAAUCAAAAAGAUUUACUUUGGAUUGAAUUUGUUGCUAUGCAAUUUAUACUUAGAUAUCAUGUACAAAUAAUGAUUAAAGAUAUGGGAAUUACUCCACAACUUGAAAACGUUUGCAAACAUUUAUGGAUAAUGUAUGUUAAUAAAUUCAAUGGUAUCGAUGAAAUCAGAAAAAAUCGUGAAUCAAUGGAUAUUGAUGAAGGUGAAGGUGAUGGCCCUUCAAACAUACAAGAUGAAGAAGAUAAUAUUGAAUCAUUAUUUGAACUUCCGCAAAGCUCUUCAGAUGAUGAAUAUGACGAAUUUGAUGAUGAUACUACUACAAAAGGACCAAACAGAAGAAAAGAUUCUAGAUCUCGUAAAGAUAUAAAAGGUUUGCUACAAUUACAAUACCUUUUGGUUAUUUUACAUAUUGGAUGUUUAUGGUUGAGAUUACCUAUAUUAAUUGGUGAUAUUCAUCGGUGGAUAUAUGAUGGUACUUUACCAUUUCUUUCAGCACGUCAAUAUUUGCCUAGAGAUAUAAAAUUACAUCUUGGAAGUCGAAUAAAUAAAUUUGAACCAAGGGUUUUGGUUCUUCGCGGCGUAUUAUUUGACUUGGAAACGAGAUUUCAUGAUUUUUAUAAAGUGGAAUAUGGAAUAAGUUUUCCAGAGAUUAACGCACCACCCAUAAUUUAUCGAUACGUUAGAGAUUUGAUGUUACCAGUGGAACUUUAUGUUAUAUCUAAGGAACUUGCACAAUUAAUUAAUUUAAACCUUUUUCAUGAAUUUAAUCAUAAUAAAUAUAAUAAUUAUCGACCUUCUACGUUAUUAUUGGCAAUUGUUAUAAUCGCUGCUAAAAUGAUUUAUGGUUUGGAUGAACGUCGAAGGUUUCCAGGAAAAUACGAUCAAUUUACUAAACAUUUCCCUUCAUUUGAAGAUUGGAUAAAAUCUUUAAGUGAUAUGAGAGAAGCAGUAUUUAAAAAAGAAUUACCUUUUGAUGCAUCUGAUAUAAAAGAAUGGACGAACAUCAAUCCAGAUCAGUACAUUAAAUAUUGUGCUAAUUUAUUAGGUAAUAGGAAUCGAUUGUCUGGAGGAACAUUACGUAUCGAUCAAAUAUAUACAGAAAUCGAUGAAAGAUCAAAACCGUUUAAGACGCUUAAUGAAACAAUCGUACAAGAAAUCAAAUUAAAGGAAGUCGAAUUAGGUUUAGAUUCACUUACUCAAGAGAAAAAGAGAUCGACACCUUCAGGAAAGCUUAGAGUAAUUGAAAAGCUAGAAGAUAAAGAAAUAUCAAAAUUGUUACGAUUGAAAAUUAAAAAAGAAUUAAAUAAAGUAGCGGAAAAGGUUACUUCAUCUAAACCUAUCGAGGAAGAAUUAAAAUUAUUAUUUGAAACGGCGGAUUUUGAUCAUAAUGAAUACAAUCAAUCAAUAUUGCCAUAUCAGGAUAACAAUAAUCUUAUUGAAAAUGAUCAUCCUUCUACGGAUGUGAGGAAAGAAAAUUACGGUAAUUUACCGGAUCCUUUGGGUAUUUUACGUCAUAGAUAUUCAACUUUUUUAUUUAAAAAACCCGAAAAUCCUGAUCAAAAAUUAUUAUUUGGAGAGAACUAUACUGCUUAUCAAGUUCCUAUCUUUUCACAAAGAUACAGGUAUGAUAGAAAUGUUGAAUUAAUAGGGGAUUAUCACGAAGAUUAUGAAAGAGUUUUGAUUUUUGCUUCUGAUAUGGUUGGUGAAACUAUUGACGAAUUACAAAAACAUAUUAUGAAAGUUGAAGUUGAUUUAUUACUAGCCAUUGAAAAAAAAAAUUGGAACAUUUAA